UCAACUUUACCAUCUCUGUAAGCCGAAGCGGACUUCCAAGUCCCUUCAUCUCUCUGUAAUACUCAACGAGCGAAACGCAGAAGCUCCCAGAUCUUACUCUCCGCUCUUCUACUCAACGAUGGCGGCCGCUCCCGUUCUCUUCCCACCGAAAUAGAAAGCGAAAGAGAGAGCAAGCAGGCUGUUUUUUUCUCCGGUCUCUGAUGAGAUGAAGGAGGGCGAUCAGCUAACGACGGCGGCGAAGCCCUCGUCCGCCGCCGAGGCCGCCCUCUUCGGCAAGGGCCGAUACAAGUUCUGGGCCCUCGCCGCCAUCAUCCUCCUUGCCUUCUGGUCAAUGCUCACCGGCACCGUCACCCUCAAAUGGUCCGCCGGCAACCUCAACCGCCUCUCCGACGAUCUCCUCGGCGCCCCCUUCCGCGACGCCGAUCUCGAUGUCCUGGAGAUGGAGGAGAGGGAGAAGGUUGUGAGGCACAUGUGGGACAUCUACGCGCACAGCCUCCGGAUCCGGCUGCCGCGGUUCUCUCAGGAGGCCUUUGAGGCGGCCUACGAAGAGCUCGCCAGCGACGAUCUGGCCGUCCGGGACGCCGCCGUCUCCGAGAUCGCCCGGAUGUCCAUGCGGAUGGUCGAUCUCGAGCCCCCGCCUCGCCAUCCCAAGAAUGCUGAGCUGCAUGAUUUUCAAAGGGACGGCAGAAGUGGGCUUAAGGCGAAGCCGUCAGCCUUCUCAUCAAUGGGAGCCCAAUAAGUUGCAGCAAAUAUUCUUCGGCCCAACAUUUCUGUUGUUGAGCAAUGUUCUAUAAACAGCUGACUUACCGAAGUUUGCCAAGGUUGUUUCCUUAUUAAGCAGGAUCAUGCAAAAAAUUUGUUUUCCUGCUUUCUAAAUUCUAGCUCUGGGUGCAUGCUCAAGGCAAGCUUUUGCAAGAUGCCACAUAGUUAUAAAUUACACUAAUGAGUCGUUAUUGUACUCUUAACUCGUUUUAACUAGUAUUGGAAGCUAGGUAGAGUUUGCCAAGUGAGUGCUCUUAAGACUACUUCACCUGGCUUUGUGAAUUUAUAUAGGCAUUACUGUAGUUGUAACUGUGGAGCCUUCACCUGGCUUUCUGAAUUUUAUAUCCUUUAUUAAUGUAACUAAUGGACGAACAUAUCUGCAAACUUGCUUUGCUGUUGUUGCAUGGAUAUCAGUUUCAGUA